CGACAACCCAUCGUCCUUUCGCUUUUCGAGUCCCAGUCGGAAAGCGACCUUGAGAGGAACACCCGAAAAAAUGGCUGACGAGCACUACAACGCCGAGGAGGCUGCCGAGUUGAAGAAGAAGAGACAGUUCCGCAAGUUCACCUACCGCGGUAUUGACCUCGACCAGCUCCUCGACCUCUCCUCCGAGCAGCUCCGUGAUGUUGUUCACGCCCGCGCCCGCAGACGCUUCAACCGCGGUCUGAAGCGCAAGCCCAUGGGUCUCAUCAAGAAGCUCCGCAAGGCCAAGCAGGAGGCCAAGCCCAACGAGAAGCCCGACCUCGUCAAGACCCACCUCCGUGACAUGAUCGUUGUCCCCGAGAUGAUCGGCAGCGUCAUCGGCAUCUACUCCGGUAAGGAGUUCAACCAGAUCGAAGUCAAGCCCGAGAUGGUUGGCCACUACCUUGGAGAAUUCUCCAUCUCAUACAAGCCCGUCAAGCACGGUCGUCCCGGUAUCGGUGCCACCCACUCUUCCCGUUUCAUCCCCCUCAAGUAAAGAAGAAAAGCUUUAUUGGAGUGUCGUGUGGAGGAUCGGGCGUACGGGAAGGAACUACGAAAAAAUGGAUGGAUACCCUGUGCAUUUCUUUGGGUUCAUCUACUUGUAUGUCAAGUGCGGGUCAGCUGUUUGCAUCUCAAUAUAAAGAAGGUCUUGUCGGCAUGAGAACGAAACCCAAAAAAAAGCCGGAUCCUAAAAAAAAACCCAACGUUUCCCCCCUCUCAGACCCAAGGGAGGGGGGGGACGAGACUUUUACUGUUCCUGUGUGUUGUCGAUUAGCUUAUAGGGACUGAUGGGAGUCUAAAUUUUAACGAUUUCACUUUUCACGGGUUGCGAUGAGUAGAUCGAUCGGGG